UUUAACAAUUAUAAUUCUGACAUUCUAAAUAAAUAAAAACAAUUUUAUUUUAAAGGAAAUUGCGACUUCAUAGGAAAAUUCAAAUGCCAUCUGGUGAAGUGCCACUGCCUGGGGUAUCUAUUCUCAAACCUCUUGUUGGGGUGGAUCCUAAUCUCUUUAGUAACCUGGAAACUUUUUUUACAAUGAAUUAUCCUCUUUAUGAAUUAUUGUUUUGUAUACAUGAUGAAAGUGAUCCAUCUAUAAUGCUAGUUCAUAAAUUAAUUGAAAAGUAUCCAUUAGUAGAUGCAACAGUUUUUGUUGGGGGUAUGAAAGUAGGAGUUAAUCCAAAAAUUAAUAAUAUGCAACCUGGUUAUGAGGCUGCCAAAUAUGAUUUGGUAUUAGUCUCUGACAGUGGUAUUAGAA